GGUCAUGGCGAAUAUAGCGGAGUUGAAGAAGCGACGGCUGCGAGAUUAUGGGUUCCAUCUCGAAUACCGGACCCGAUGNNUUUCGACAGCAUUGUCAACACAUACCUCAUGACGCAUUGCAAGUUAGAUCCGCCAACGUCACCUCUAAUCGGACUGGUGGUACACUCGCAUUGCGAUUACCUAGCUCCGGUGGGCUUUCCUGCGCUGGUUGAUCUCGGGCUCCGAGUCAAGAAGCUAGGGAAGAGCAGUGUUACCUACGAAAUUGGUGUUUUCAAACGAGGUGUUGAGGAAGUGAAGGCUGUUGGCGAAUUUGUGCAUGUAUUUGUGGAUCGGGAAAGCAGGAGGCCAAGGUCUGAGGGCAUGACUGCAACCAUGAAAGAGCAGUUGGGGUCGUUAGUAGAUAACAAGGCCAAGUUAUGA